AUAAUACUAAAAUAGUGCCAACCACAUUGAGAACUCGUCCGGACUUGAUUCACUAAGGGCCAGCUCUGGUAUCAACAUGGAGUCUCUCGAUAGUGUUUCGCCGAUCAAAGGGGACGGAUCCACUUUAGCGUUCUCUGCGGAUCAAGUCGCUUGCGUAUGCGACGCGCUUCGGCAGGCCGGAGAUAUCGAAAGGCUCUCUCGAUUUCUGUGGUCCCUCCCCCCAGACGAUCUACUGAAUGGAAGCGAAAGCGUGCUCAAAGCAAGAGCCAUAGUCUCGUUCCACCGUGGCCGCUACCGCGAAGUUUACAAUAUCCUCGAGACUAAUGAAUUUGACCCAUCGUCACACGAACUUUUGCAGUGUCUUUGGUACAAGGCCCACUACAGCGAAGCGGAAAAAUUACGUGGACGAUCACUAGGUGCUGUUGAUAAAUAUCGAAUCCGAAGAAAGUUCCCCUUGCCUCGGACUAUUUGGGACGGCGAAGAGACCGUUUACUGUUUUAAGGAGAAAGCACGUGCGGCGCUAAAGGACUGCUACGAGCAGAAUAAAUACCCUACGCCGCAGGAAAAGAGAUUGAUUGCAAAACAGACGAACCUUACGCUUAAGCAAGUGAGUAACUGGUUCAAGAAUCGACGACAACGCGAUCGCAUCCCUUCUAACAAAAGUUCAUCCGGUACUCUGCGGAGAAACUCCACGAUAGAUGCGAGUUCCCCGCCUUUGAUGAACGCAUCUUUUGAACACGACGCUCACCAUGUCAUGCUGCCAUCAUUGAUGAAGACCGAGGAAAGCCUUAUGAACGCUAGUCUGUUUACCCCAGUGUCUCUUACGGACCCGUCCGUCCCUGUACCGUCGCAAAUCAUUGUGUGCAGCGCCGAACAUUCAAUACCUUCCUCUGACAACUUGGCACAGGAGAGUGGACACGGAGUUGUAAAGAAGGAAGAGAUACUACAGUAAAGUGUGCAGAAAGAAUUGCCGUAUGAGGCUUUCAUGAUGACGUUACGUAUUAUAUUUGUGCGAUUUUGAGGUCAAAGAGAAAAACAGUGUGGGAUAAUGUCAUCCGCGAAAGGAUGUGGUUAAGCUUCUGUGCUGUAAAUGCUACCCCGCCUUACCAGGUCUAUUAGAAACAUAAUAAUGCCUGCGUGUGAAAGCAUGCCAUUAGCAGAGAUGGACUCUCAGAAACACGAACAUAGGGGAGAAAAUGCGUUAUAGUUGUUUGAUAUACUACUUUUUACGAGAGGAAAGACCCAAUGAUUCCCAUUUACAGAACAAUCCAAAACAAAUUGAUAAAGGAUAUAGGAUAACAAAUCGAAUUUGUAAUUAUGACCAACUUUGGCAAGAAAUUGUAAAUCAGCAUUGUAUUUAUAUUACCAAAGAAUUUUUAUUAAUAGAUAGCGGGCAGUGAAGAUUGAUAAAUAGUGUGCUAAUUCAACUGAGUAUUUCUCUUAUCAGGAUACGUAUGAUAAAUAUUUUUAAAAUCAACCUUUCUAAAGCCUGCUAGCUUUAUUACACAAUGCAUGUAAUCUCUAGUGUUGUUGUUGGUAAUUCGAGGGCUGCUUUUAUUCAAAGCUAGAGUGUUUUCUGUGGGAUCUUCAGAUAAACUACUCCUCCCCGCUUGGUGUGUAAAAACCUGAGGAGUCGUACCUACACUUUCUAUAUUAGCAAAACAAAUCCCGAGUACCAAAAAAAAAAAAGCCAUAAUUUAUAAGAUCGAUUUUCAAAAAUAUUUUGGGGAGCGUGCCUAUUGUGGUUGACAAUUUCUGACAAUACCACAGGAAACCCAAUAUACGAAAAUGAAUAGCUGCUUGAGUUGGUAGUUCCUUCACCCCGAAAAUUCCUUUGUUUUCACCAGCCCUGUGAGCAUACAAAAAAGAGGUUCAAAGCAAAACCUCAAAAGUCCGUAACCCGAAGGGACCUUUCUGACCUUCAUUUCUUUAUCUGAACGUGCACACGCAAGGCCAUUGGGGGGAAAUCUGAAUAUGUUUGUGAGAAAUUCGGGCUGUGUUCUCUUGCGGCUAAAAAAAAAGAAAGGAAACGUUAGGGAUCUAGAGAGGCAAAUACAUUGUUUAACCGUACUUACCAGCACAUACCCUCAAAAGGAGGACGGAGUAAAUAAUAAAACAAAUUAUAAAAACGUAAA